AUGUGGAGUGAGGAGCGAGUGGAGACGAACUGGUACGAGCUGGUGGACGUGAAGAAGGAUCACGACUCACUCAGACGAUCACCACAACACGUGAAGCUGUGUCGUUACAGAACAUCAUUAGAAUGUUAUCUCAUCACUGGAAGACACGCUCUUGACUGCUGUAAUGAGAGCUUGUUUGUUAGUGACGGAGGUGACGGAAACGACGACACGAGUCGCCCGCCGGGACCCGGAACACACGCGGCGAGGCUGUACGGAUGA